CCCCUCCCCAACCGCCCUGUCUCUUCCAGGAUGGAGGGACAGGGCUCCUACGCGCUGCCGACGGGCACCGAGUACCGGGGAGCGCUGAGGGACGGGAUGUUUGACGGCGAGGGAGAGCUGCUGUUCCCCAACGGCGGCAGAUACCGGGCGGUCUGGCACCGCGGGGUGCCCACGCAGGGGAAAUACACUUUUGCAGAUGGUCUCAAAUACAAAGAUAAAAAAUGGCAUUACUGUGACGGCUACGACAGAAGAUUUUACACAGAAAUCUGUUCUGGUCUUAAACCAGCAGACAUUUCUCAGUUUACAAACCUGGAUCCUCCCAGAAAAAUCCCGGAAGGAUGUUACGACUGUGGGGAUGGAUUCUAUAAUCCUGAAACCAGAGUUAUUGUUGACUACAAACUCAGGUUUCUGAGAAACGCAGAUGAUGAGGAGCAUGAAUGGAUCAUUCGGACCUGCCGGAAAGCUUUGGAUGAAACAAUUGAACGUAAACCAAACCCAUGCAAACAGGUUUUGAUAGACAAUAAUAUUCCAGAGCAGACAGGAGAUGAAUGCAAAUGACCUGAGAUAAGGUUUGGUUCAGUGGCAACAGUCAGUGUGAAAUAUGUUGUGAAACAAUGUAUUGAAUAAAUUAGAGGAUUUCUUACAUUCUUGGUACAGUUGAGUAUUUUCCAUACACAUAAUUAGCUCUAAAACUGCACAAGCUGAAUUGCUUCCAGUUUGGGUUUUUUUUUUUUUUUUGCAAACAAUUUGGGCUUAAUAUAAACAGAGCCUGAUUUCUGAAUUAGCAAAGCUGCUCCUGGCUACUUGUGGGGGAAGGUGCCCCGGAGCACAGCCUGUGUGGGGCAGCUCGCCCCGCGGGCAGUGCCGAGUCCCCUUCCACCAGAGAGAAGCCCCCGUGCUCCCUCGGCCCUCCACUUCGUGCUCCAGGCCUGGCCGUGGUAUCGGUUACAAACACUUUGCUCUACAGUUCAUCUCACAAGUGGGUUGUUGGGUUUGGGUUUUUGUUGUUGUUUUUUUUUUUUGAUGAGUAACUAAGUUGAUAUUUAGCAGAUACACAUUUAAUAGUUUCCCUUUCAUUGCACCGCCGAGACAGAAGAGAAAUGCAUCAAACCAUUUUCCCCCUCAACAACACCGUUGUGGAAAUCUCAAGUAUUGUGGGAUGUCGGGUCAAGUUACAGCCUGAAGUCUCUCCUUCAGUCUUAAAUGAAAUAACUACCCAGUCGUUUAUGGCACUAAUUCCACAACUAAACAAUCAUUAGGAUGUGCGAGCACAAACGGAGCAGAAAGUCCGGCCCCGGUGACCCUGCCGACCCCCACCAGCGCCCUAAGGCUGUUGCGUGCGGACGCCGCGAUCCCCCUCAACCUUGCGACUACAAACGCUUCACCAACGGGGAGGCCCGUCCUUCUCUCACUGCUACGGACAAGGACAAAAGUGACUGCAAGGGUGCAACUGGUGCCCGUCCCCUCCCCAGGGGACGCCUCUGCAGCAGCGGUUCCAGUCCGGUCAGGCGCGCGGGAGCGCCUUGUCACUGGCUACGCACUGGAAAUGGUUAUUCGCACGUCAGGAGGUGACAAUAAUACUUUGCAGACUUAAUUUCCUCUCUCCUUUCAAAUGUUAUUUUAAAUUGGGGAUAGAGCUGCAAGCUGCUGGCUGCAGUUAGACAGAAUACUGGCCUAACCGUCCAAGGUAUCGCCAUCGUGUGCUCCAUGUAUUUUUUUCAAUAUAUAUACAUACACGCACACAGAGGUAUGCGUGUGUAUAUCUCUAUCUAUGUAUUUGUUCCAACGAAUAUCGAUGCAUGCUUGUGCUGGGUUAUUUCUCAAACCAAGAGGUCUUGGUGGCCGCCUCAGCAGCCACCCCCCGCGCCUCCUCGCGCCACCGCCGUGGGCUCAGGGCGCCGUGUGCCUCGCGCCUCCGGCCGUCACUCGGUGUCACACGGAGCUCCGCAGCACGGUCGGGAGCAGGCUCGCCGCCGGGGCAAUACGGCCGGGCCAAACCAGUGGGUGACUGCCCACCCGCCCGACGCUGGAGACUGAUCCAGGAUCUCCCAGAGAGAAAAACACAGGUAUCUACAGUUCGAAUUAAAAACGAGUUAUGCAACGGAUGGAUUCCUGUCUUCUGUUCCUCAGGCACAGUUCAGUCACAUUACGCACUAACUGUGGCUCAUGGUGGGCUUUCACAUUCUUGGAAACGUGGCCUCACAGACACUUAGCAGCAAGACAGACCCCUGUGCUUGCAUGGAGAGAGGUUUCCUUACAGACCUGCUCUUGGCUUGGUGCAAACUGAGAAGGGCUGGCAAAGGUUAGUUGUUUACUUUUUGUUAUUACCGUCAAUGAAGGAUCGUUGCGGAGUUUUUUCCUGAUUCGGGGCCAGAGUGCUGAGCACUUCCUCUGCUGUUGCAAUGAGCCCUGCGGUGCCUGCCCCGCCGGCAGCCGUUCUCCCGGGCUGCGCCUUCGUCCGAGGACUUGGCAGGAGCCAGAGCCGUGCUCCAGCAAGGGAGAGCAACAGGCGGGCAGCGGGAACCAGCGCGGUGCUGCCAGAUAAAGGAACAAGCCAUCACCUUGCUGUCCACUCAGCUAGCGACUGUUCCUGCUGGCCUUACUGCACUUUUCACCUUUUUAACUGGUCUCCAGUUUCUACCCCACUGUUUCCACUGACUGAACUUGGGUCCACACCAGGGCAGAAUAUUUCUACCCCUUCGCGGCCAGCUUCCAUUGAGGAGUUCCCAGUCCCAGAGUAGGGAGCAUCUGAGCGUUUUGUGUAGGUACAUUCUGAAAUCACCCAUUCGUGAUCCAAUAUGACUCCAAGGAAAUAAAGUAGCUUGUUAAUAAAGAACAAGAGUAAAAAAUUUAAAAAAAAAAAAAAAAAGAUUUGGCGGAUGGCUGUGAGAGGAGAGAGAUAUUCACUGUUCUAAGAACAAGUCAGCAAUCAAAAACUUCAGGGUGCUAAACCUGGCUCUGCCACCAACCCCCACGGUUCCUCUCAGUUUAGGACAUCUCAGUUUCCCCUCCUAUAAAAUGGGGGGGAAAAACACUAAGAUUUACUUACCUUAGAGUGAUCAAAGGACAUGUGAUUCUAAAGCACUUUGAGGAGGAAGAAAAACUGCCUAUUUCCAGCUGGCAUCGUGUUUUCCACAUAGUGGAGUCUCAGCUACCCGCGAGUUUGGCUCAGGAAGGUCUGUGUAUAUAUCGAGUUGCUGAGACAGAAAGCCCAUUU